GAAGAAUGUGAAUUAUUUAGCAGUUUUGUGAUGGAAGAAUGAAUCAAAUGUUAAAAUGAAAUGCUGUUCACCAAGAGCAGCAGGAGGGUUGAUUGUUCAGAUAGCUGCAAGUUCCAGCCAGAACUCUGAAGAUAUAAGGUAUAACAGUCAAACUGUGGAAAGAGAGACAGAAUUUCAAAGAUUCAAAACAGAGAAAGACAGACAAGAGAAGAAACAACACCGAAGUUCUAAUACUGGUGCUGAUGGACAGUCCCAAGGAAAAUCUCCAAAUGGAAGCAAAACCACAGAUAAUUCUUUAAUUGAAUCUGAAAAGCGAAAGAGAAUAGUUAUACAAUUUAAAUCCAAAGAAAUUAAACAUGGAAAAAGUACAGGCACUGCUGAUGUUGUGACAGCUAGCAGGAAAAAUCAUAACAAAGGUCCUUUUGGUGGUACAGAAAGAAAAAGACUCUGUCACAGCUUUGUGGUUCAGAGGGACAAGGUGGUGAAGAAAAAGAAAGUUGAACUCAGUAAACUAAAGGUAAAAGCUGAACAGACUGUGUUGGGAAAACCUAAGUCAUCCGUAUAUGAUUUAUAUGUACCUCAUAAAAAGGCAGAGAGAUCUAGAAAAUUGAGUGAAGAUGUCAGAAUUCAAAAAAAGUCACCUAGCACAUCUACAAAGACUGUGCAUCACGAUAGACUUAUCACUAAGAAGUCAAAUAUAUUAUCUAGGACUUGUGAAGAAAAGUAUAAAGAAGGAUAUGAGGAAUUUUCUAAGAAUCAACAUGCUAACAAGUGUACAUCGCACUACUCAACUGAAACACUGCAGCAAUGGGAGUGUUGUAAAUGGAAAAAACAGGAUGCUGAUCAAGUUACUUGUAAUUCAGGGACUGAAAAAAGGGACUUUGAAGCCACCGCUUUAUGUUUUAAGAAGGGUUUUCCAUCCUCUGAAGGCUGUGAGUACCUAGAAGGAGACGAAGAGAUGCAGAUAGUUGAAGAUUUGCAUGUUGCUCGUAUUGAAAAGAGGAUGGCCCAAUCUGUAGUACAGACUUGUGGAGAACUUACAAGUAUGGAAAUAGAUCUUCCAGAACAGGAUUUAAAUAUUUCUGCUGGGACUUCUCCUUCUGGUCUGAACAUACUAGUGGUGAUCGAUACAAAUAUAAUGAUUAGUCACCUUGAGUUUGUCAAGUCCCUAAAAUCUGAGGAUAUACCAGGUGUUGGCAAACUUGCCUUGAUAAUUCCCUGGGUUGUUUUACAAGAAUUGGACAACUUGAAGAAGGGGAAAAUGUUACUGCAUGUUCGACAGAAAGCUAUUCCUGCAGUCCAGUUCAUCUACAUGUGUCUCAAAAACCAAGAUUCAAAAUUGUGGGGGCAAUCUAUGCAGCUUGCUUCACAAAAAAUAUAUGGCCUGAGUGACGAAAACAACGAUGAUCGAGUUUUACAGUGUUGUCUGCAGUACCAGAGCCUGUUUCCUCAAGCUGUUGUCAUACUGUGCACAGAUGACAAAAAUUUAUGCAACAAAGCCAUUGUGUGUGAGGUCAAGGCACUCUGUAAAGUGGAUUUGGUUACUGCUCUACUGAACCUGAAUGUAAACAAGCAUCAGAACUGCCUUGAACUGCAGCAGUCAAAAUGUGAUGCAGAAUUCCAGAAAACAAAAGGAAGUGAUGCUCGUCUUACUUCUCAAUUUCCAAAUAUAAUUCCAGAUCUUGAAAAGAGCUUAGGAGAAGCUUUAUCUUGUAUUUUGGAGACUGAAAUGAAAAUUGCAUUUGGAAACCUGUGGAUGGAGAUACUGUAUUUGAAGCCACCGUGGACAUUAGUAAACUUACUGCAGUGUUACAAAAAACAUUGGGUGGCUGUUUUUGGUUAUGUUGUGCCAAGGAGUUUACUUGGAACUGUUGAAUUUCUCUGUAAACACUUUUGUACAGGUAAAACACUAGACACCUCAACAGCUGUUAUCUUGCUCCAGGAAAUCAAGAAAUUGUUGCAUGCUUUCAGUUUGAGGUCUGAUUAUGAUGGAGUACUGCCCUGGGCAUAUGAGAAAGUAAAUAAGCUAUACCAAACAUUUACAGAGGUGAGGUCAGACAGUGAACAGAAUUUAUCUGAAGACAUCAUGGUUCUUUCAAAAAGUUCGCCAUGCGAAAGAAUGGAAGAAACGAUACCACAUCUGCAAAACUGUGAAGAAAAAAGGCUACCUCCAAGCACACAUGUUGCUCAAGAAAACAGGCACCAGGAAAUCUGGUCAGUCCUUGAAGGUGUAUGGAAUACAAUGAAUUUGUACAGGCUUGAAAUUUUCCAGAAGUUAGAGUCCAACGCAGUAAUUGCAAAGUCUUCAUUUGAAGAAGCUUUUUCAGGACUGCAGAAACUGUUAGCAGCUGUGAAUUAUAUCCGUGAAGGAAUUCGUAGGUUAGAAAACUAUCAAAAAGAUGCAUCCAAGCAAUUGGUUUGCCAUGUACACUGACAGUCUGCCUUUCAGUGGAAGCAACCUAUCUUCUGUAUUUCCCCUUGUGGAAGAACUCUUUAAAAUAAUACAGUCUGCCAUUAUGUCAGAGAAAUCUGUUUUUCAGAAAGUGUGCCUUUUGAUUAGAAAAAUACUCGAGGCAAACAGGAUUCAGGUCCUUUGACUUUGAAAUGAGGAAACCAUUUUUCUAUUCCAUGUGAUUACAGUGAGACUCAGCAAUGUUUAUGAAGUAUUUUACUCUUAAUUUUUUCUUUUCUAGUACUAAACUACAAUACACUGUUCAUAAUUCUGUAAACAAAAGUAGUUUUCUUAAAACGUUUCUGUUUUGAAAAGCUUGCUCUGAGUUUGUUCUUCAGAGUUGCAGUAGGGGGCGUCGUGAAGCAAGAAAUUCAGAAGCUGUGUAAUCUGUUUUAAUCUUAGUCUGAGGUUUCUGAGGAGGUUUUCCAGCCAGAUUCAGAAGCUAUGCUUUUAAAUCAUUGUAGUUACAUAUAUAUUUAUGUAUAUCAUAACAAAAAAUGUGUAUCAAAACAAAAAGUCUGAAGUUUGCAAAAAUGAGGAGGUUCAUUUUACCCGAGUCUCUCAGCCUUUCUAAGACUGCACUUAGAGUAUAUUUAUUUUUCUUGAUUUUUUGAAAUAGUACCUUAUGAUGAUUGGUGUGAUUACAGAAAAGGAAACAUCUGGAGAAAAGGUAGUGAAAAAGUUUUAACUUGAAAACUUGGAGACAAUACAGGUUUAGUGAUAAACUGUGAGCCUUUUCUGUGGUAGCUUCUAUUCCUUGCUAUCUGAAACAAAGAAAAAAACUAUCUUGUGAAAAUUUUGGAUUUUUUUAAAAAGUCGUAUUGAAAGUGCAACUGCAUUAGAAGUUUUUAUGAUUAUUAAAAACAGUUAGAAAAGCAUGGACACUCUUCUUGAGAUAAGUAUCUGACUAUGCAUUUCCUCAUAAACAAAUAUAUUCUGUGACACUACUAUGUCUGUCCAGACCUCCUGACUAGAACAUGCUUAUGACAAUACAGAUAUUAUAAAAACCAAACAGGCAGCUGUUUCUUGGGACAGUCCUUACCAAUAGCUCUUUGCAUCUUACCCUGCGUUUGGGACUUUCGUCAUGCAGUACAGAUUUUUCUGUUUCUUCCUAUAAUGAUAUUGAUAGUAGAAUAGAAAUUACAUGGCAGUGUGCUGCAUGCCAUGAAUGUUGGACAGUACUUCAGCAUUACAAUAAAGACAAUAACUAAUAUGGCUAGCAACUGUAUGUAACCUGCCUCUUGGCAGCAGGGCUCCAUAUAAAUGAAACUACUUCAUAGCUGUCUCUCAAAUGUAUCUGAUCCUGGAAGCUCUUGUUUUAUCCCUGCCUUCUUGAGAUUUACUACUUAAAAAGUGAGCAUGAAAUGGCUCCUUUCCACUUUAUAUAUAGACAUGCUCGUGUGUAUUACAUGGAUUAACAACAAACAAAGAUAAUGAAAUCUCCGAAGUUCAUAUGUCUAGUUGUGAAGCCAUUAGAUGUUUCUUAGAUGUUUUUAGGCAGUGCCCAAAAUCAGUACCUCAUUGCUCUCAGCAUUUUGGAGGUUAUCUGAGUGUUUCUCCGGCUGUUUUAAAGCAAGUGUAUUAAGUUAUUUAUAAAAUACCAAAGGCAGGAAGAGUAGGAAGAAAGCUUGACUGCUUUGAAAAAUCUGUUGGCACCCUUCACUUAUUUCAAAGCAGUGAUAUAGGCCCAUAAGUCAUUUUAGAUAACUAAAAUAUAUAAAUUGUGUUUAAUUGCAUGAAGUAACACUUCUGCAUGUUUUCAGUGAUGGUUUACACUUAUAUUGUGUGUUAUUUGUGUUAUAUAUUAUUUGGAACUAGUUUACAAGGGGACCUAUUUUAGAUCCUGAUCCUUGAAAUAUUUUCUUGGUUUUCAAGUAGCUCUUUGAGGCAACAGAAUUUCUGCGACUCAGGGUUUUCAAGUUUGUCCCGAGUCUUUCAUCACUUCUAAAAGUUCUUCCACUGGUUCCACCAGAAGAUAUUUGGGCCCUUUAUGUUCGGAGGGAAGAAAAGGUUAAGUAUUAAUCACAGAUAAUUAGCUCCUCUGUAAUUUUGUUCCAAGAAAUGUGGAAUGCCUCACGUGAAAUCACUGCUGGGACGUACACACUGGAAGACACGUAUCUAUUCAAGCUGCAUCACUUCCCUCCUCUUUACGCACUGAGGAUGUCUUUAUCUUUUUACCUGUUGAAGUCAAGGUGUGUGCCAGUAGAAGAUUAGAAGUGCUUGUAGCUUUUUAUGAUCAGUCUCCUGAAAUAUCUUUUUCUGUCUUGCUGCUUUUAAGUCUUCCCCUUAACAUACUGAUUGGUAUGUUAGAAACAGACAGCUUUGUUAACCUUUUGAAAGCUUCAUCGGCAGCAUUUAAGUGUGUGAAGGUGUUUAUGUAAACCAGCAGUGUCUCUUGACUGAGCAUAUCUUCUGAUUCAAAGGUUUGCAUGCACCACUGGGGAAUUUUACAUGGAACCUUACUGCUUUCGUGGCUCCUGCCCAAGUUACAUGUAGAUACAAAAUCCUUUUCAACAUUAGAAGCGUGUUUAGUCUUCGGUGAAUUUAUGUAGUUCUUUCUGGUUGUUUGUUUGUUUUUUAAUCUAUAUGGUGAGAAAAGAAAAACUUUGUUCACAUGCCAACUUUAAAAUUGCUCUCAAAAAAUUGCUUACAGCAAAUGCUCUUAGAUACAGUACUCAGACAUUUAUACAGUGUAAGGUAUAGAGAUAUCUGUUGCAUACUGCAGUAAGUAACUUGAAUUCUGUAGUACCUAAGUGGAAUUUCUGCUCAAAUUUCUAAUAUAUUUGUUUGGGAAGCACUGGUUUAGAUGAGAAAUUCAUAAACAUUUUUAAAGUAUAAUUUUUUUAAAGAUCUUCUCAGUAAUGCAGAAAAGUGUUACUGUAUCUGAUCUGAUUGCUAAGUUGGAUGUUUUGCUAUUAACUAACUUACAAGCAGUCCUAUGAUUUGAAAACAGUUCUGCAGAUGCAGAGAAACCAUUUCCUUGGCCUUUCUUGGGGAAUUGAGAUGUCUUUUUCUUGAUGUCUAGUUAGGAAAUUCUUUCUUCCCUGAGACUGCAAGAUAUUCAGUUAUUUUCAUCAGAAUGUCUCUAUGUUAAGAGCUCUACUUUCAGUCUUUCCCCUUAUGCUGUUUCCUUCCGGAAGUAAAACAAAGAGAAAUUUCCAGUUCAAAAAGUACUGGACUUUCCUAGCACUAGUUGUUUGUUUUUUUUUGUUAUUAUUAUUAAUUUAUGUGAAACUUGAAACAUUCUUGACCACUGAAGAAAAGCUGUUAAAUUACUUACUGUCCCUUACUGUAGCAAUGUAAUGAGGAAUUGCGAAGUUACUAAGAUUUUAAGUGGCACAGAAGUUUUGUUUUUCCAUUUGUCAUUCUUUCUGCUUUUCUGAUCUUCUGAUGUUGAAGUUAACCAGAGCCGUAGUGGGUUAAGCCAGGCACGUCCCAUCAGUCAGCUGCAUGUGACUUGGCCCAGCCCAUACUGCGGCUUCCCCCUGCCCCGCACCAUCAUGGCAGCAGCUCUUCCCACGGAGCAGCCUGGCCCUGGCCAUGCACCCAUUGCUCAGCAGUGACCAAACAUCAGUGUGCAAUUUCCACUGUCUGAACUGAAACCAGGGCACGGGGAGGGCGCAGGGGAGUGCUAACUCAAGUUAUGGCAAACAAUUUCGUGCAUUUGAUAUGUUGGCUAAAGAUGGUCCUGUGAACAGUGAAAAAUAUGCAGCCUUGCUUUCUGUUUUGAUAAAGGAAUUUGAGAAGAGAUUUCAAGAGUGCCAAAAAAAUCAUAAGUUUUUUGGUAUAUUUGUGACUCCAUUUUCAGUUGACAUAAAAACAUUACUUGCCAAUUUUCAAAUGCAAUGUAUAGAGUAGCAGUCAGAUAUUCAAAUGUGAUCAUAUCUCUCUACUAGACUGUUGUGGUGCAACACAGAGGUACCACACAGCCAUUUCACUCACUCCUCCCCCUUACAGUGGGAUGGAGGAGAGAAUUGGGGAAAAAAAAAUAGAACUUGUGGAUUGAGAUAAAACUAAGAGAAAAGGAAACGGAUAAUGUUAUGAAUGUAUAUAGCAAGUGAUGCACGAGCAAUUGCACACCACCAACAACCAGUGCCCAGCUAGUCCCCGGCGAGGGGAAGGGAGCAAGAACAACUUCCAACCCCCUCAAAACUCUCCUUUCACAUAUGUCAUAUGGCACGGAAUAUCCCUUUGGCCGGUUUAAGUCAGCUGCCCUGAUUCUGUCCUCUUCCACCACUUUGUUAGUAUGAGAUGAGACACUGGAGUGACCUUGGCUCAGUGCAACACUGCUUAGCAAUAAGUAUAAACAUCAGCGUGUUAUAAGUGCUGUUUUUCUCCUAAAACCAAAACACAGCAUCAUACCAGGCACUCUGACGAAAACAAUUCUGUCCCAGCUGAGACUAAGACAUAGGCUUUUAUAAGACCUCUCUUACCUGAGAAAAAUAUCCCUUGCUUCACAACCACACAUGAAUCAUGUUAUCACUUUUUGGUAGUAUGUGUGUUUGUGAACAAUUAUUGUCAAGGAUGAAGUACAGGAGGAGUAAAAGUUAAAUUUUUAACUUAGUCAAAAGUUUUAACUAAGUUAAAAAUUGUCAAAAAUUUUGGACAAACACCUUGAGAACUCACUGAGAAUUGCAACCCCUUCCAUUCAACCACACUGAUGCAUUGGUUUCACAAAAACAGCGUCAAAUAUCCUGAAAGUUCUAUGGGUUUUUGCUCUCUUAUGUCUUAACAAAAAUGUACUUUUUUAAUGUUUGUUAUAAACAUUAACUAUACAAUAUAUCUUACAUGCUGCCCAAGGCAAUUCCUCUUUACUCACUGUGGACUAGAUAGGACAGAAGAUUGGACAUCAAUGUCCAAAGGUUUACUUUUCUACAGUGAAGUUGCUUACCCUCACGGCUGAGCCCUGGGGUCCAUCAGGUGGGUUACUGCCAUAAGAUGGCUCCAUCAGCCAAACACUGCAGGCCACCACACAGGUCCCUGGAAGAGGAACACUCAGAGUGACAAGCGCCGAGGUGCAGAAAGAAUUUGAGAGGAACCACCACACGUUCUGCUGUGGCUUUUUGUCUGUAUGCCUUACAUGUCAUUGCCCACAGUUUCAGUGUUUGUAAGUGGCUGGCAGGCUGUCCUGCUUUCCCUGCCUGAUUCUGUUUUUCUUCUAUUUCCUAAGUAAAAUUUCCAAUCCUUUCCAAGUAGACUUUGCUCUUUUCCCAGGCCGAGUGUGGAAUCCUGUUGUGAGCUGUUUCCUGUCCAUUCCCAAACUUGCUAUCAUACCUUAUGUUAUGCAUGCAUUUGUCCUGCCAGCUGUCUGAUGCCAGUAGGGAAACAAACCACCCAAGUGGGGUGGGAAGCCCUCUUGCUUCUGAGGUACAAAUUGUUAAGUCUGGUUCUCUCUCCUUCCUCCCCUCUGCUCUAAAAGCAAUAGUUAGCUCCCACUUUGUAGCUGGCACCCGUAUUGGCAUUUAGUGUCUUUGUGUAGCAUGCCCUUCUGUGCCUCGUGCUCAGAAAGCUGCACAGAUCCAUACUACAGCUUGAUGCCAGGAUAAAUUGCAUUUUAAUGGCAUUCCAACCUUGCCAACACUUGCUCAGAGCAGGGUGCUAGGAGUAAUUAGAAGUUGCAGUGUGUGACAGAAGGCCAUUUGUAGUUUGGUUUUGCACAGCUGAACUAAUAGGAAUGGCAAAGGGAGUCAGUGGAUUUGAUUUUGAAGUACUAUUGGUGUGAUGUUAGGAGAGAAGCAGCAGCAGUAGUUAAAUAGGUGCGGAGUAGAUGUAUAUGAAAACAUGUCCAGAUUUUCAGAUGUACAUCUCUUAAAGUCUCUGUUUUCCAUAGCACAGAACAGCAGCUACCAGAGAAGGAAGGAAUGUGAAAGGAUUUAAAACAGCAACUGCGGUGUAAAAUCCUUGCCCACGUGUUCCAAGCCUGAAUCUGGUAGUCCAGCUGCUGUUUAGUUGAAAACAGCGAUAGGUGUAUGAAUGUUGACCUGUUAAGGAUUUGUGGGGGAAGUUACUGUGUAGGCUCUUCUCUCACCAAAUUGUUUCCAGAAUUCCAGGGAGAAAAUUAGAAAGGCAAAGGCCCAGCUCAAACUAAGCUUGGCUGCCGGGAUUAAAGGGAACAAGAAACUCUUCUACAAAUACAUUAACAGUAAGAGGAGGACCAAGGAGAAUCUCCAUUCU